AUGCAAACUGUAUUACUUCUUCUCUAUUAGAUAGGUUCCUUUGAAUAAAGUUCAUCCAGCUAUCCUUCUUUGGGGAUAACUAAGACCAAUAAUGUUCAUCAAUCAUUUAGUUGUUCAAAUCACAUAAUGUAUAUAGAUAUUAAGGAAAUAUGUUCAACAAAAAAUUAAUGCUUCUUAGAUUUGUUUCAUCUAUUCUUUGCAUAUUGCAUCAUUAGUUAGAGGACUCUAAUCUCAAUUAAGAAUAAGGUAAAAAGCAAGAACUACUAUUUUCUUAGAUAUAUCUAAUGUCUAUAAUACUGUUAGAAGAGAGAAAGUGUUUAAAUUAUUAAGGGAAGAGAAGAAAUUUGGGGAUUUUCUCAAUUAAUAAAAACUUCAUGGUUUGAAAUGGAUUUACGAUCAAUUGCAGAUAGAUUAUCAAGUUGAACAAAGGAAAUUUUAUUUUUAAAUAGAGUUCACUAUGGAUCCGUACUUGUGCCUCUCCUUUUUGAUGUAUAUUUUGGCUAAUUAAUUGAAGAGUUAUAAAGGAGAGUUAGACUAAUAAUGCUUUCAAGAAAGCUAAGAAAAGAAAAAUGUGGGAAAAAAAAUUUAACAUUUAAAUAACUUAGAUGAACAAAAAUGUUUGGGUAUACUGAUGAUAUGGCAAUAUUGA